GCGAAUAACUAUCGAAUGUGUCAGAUCAGUCAGAUGGUGUCAGAUGGUCAAGAUAUGUCAAGUGUUAAAUUGUUAGUUAUUAUUGGUCAUUGUUGCUGGAAAAUCGGUGUUCGAUGUGCCGAAAACGCUAUCUCGAUUAUCUAACUUACAUCGUCGCUGCUUCAGCGACAAUUGAUGUCAUUGUUGUAAAUAAACAUUCAAGAUAUAUGUUCUGUAAUCUUUACAGAUUACAAAAUAUCUAGUUCAAUGUCGUCAUUGAUAAGCUUCUGAUACAACAGCUGCUAGUUACAAGUAACGAUGAGUAACAAACACAGUCCUGGAAAAAUUACGCUAGGCAUGAUGAAAGGCAAACCAAUUACCACAUCCGUGCCGGUAAUUCAUUAUCGAGCCGACAAUGAUGAACUCGAAGAACUAUAUCCAAGUUCCUCUGAUGAUGAGAAAUGUCUCACGCCAGAAUUUGAAAAGGCAAAACUUCCAUCAAGUCCUUCUAGAAAUAGCGAAAACGAGAACCAAGGAAUGGAGAAUGAAUCGGAAAGGCGUUCCGUUGACAGCAAUCUGUCGGAGGGUACUCCUCCGUCUUCAGAUCCAUGGAAGAUGCUGUCCGAAAUCAAAGGAAAAAUCACAAAAACGUUUGAGGAGAAGCUCUCUGAGAUAAAAAAUGAUAAGAAGAAAAAAAGAGGUAAUAAAGAUAAUUCUAGCUUUAGUGAUUCGGAAGAUCCAGGAGAUGUCACGCCAACUGAUGAGAUCGUCAAUGAGAAACAAGAAAAGGAAUUGGCUCGUCACAAAAGCAAUACCUCGAGAUUCGUUGGCUUUUCUCAGGUGAGAACCGGUUUAAAAACCAAAAAUUCUCAGGAUGACAGUGUAGAAAGCGGUGUAGAAGCCUCUGAGUUUUCCGAGCCCGUUCCCGAACCGCUUCUCUUCGAAUUACAAGACGAUUCUCGCGCCGAGGAUAAAACAAAUGAUCUCGCGAAUCGUCAUAAUUUUUACGGGCAUUCGGACAAUCUUGUUCGAACAAAAAAGGAAAUACCAUUUAGCUCGUUGCUUUCCCGACUAAAAGAUUACGUACUUCAGCAACUGACAAAGCAAUUAGCUGCACUGCUGGUUCUCAUAUUCGCUUUUUGCUUUCUCAUACCAUUGCCCGCACACUUGGUUGGUUUUUUCAUAGGAGUUUUUGUCACGAUGGCUGUGUAUAAGUUGAUGCAUAAAAUCAAAGAAAUUCUGGCAACACCAUUAGAUGAGAAACUAGCACACACUGUAAUACCGGUAUUGGAGAUACCGGCGGCAGAGGAGCACGCGGUUCAGGAAAGAUACGAAGGGUGGUUGAAUGAACUACCGUAUACUUACGAUCCACACAACUAUCACGUGGCGCGCACAAAAUCGGUUUAUUUCAGUUUGGAGGGUAGUACGUUACGCGUUACGGAGACCAGAAUGAGAGUGCCAAAGAGGACUGUGUGGGACGAGCCUAAACGAAAAUUCAAGUUUACCAGAAAACGCGUGUACAACAUAGUUGGUGCAAAAGUAGAACUGUUACCGGAGGGACUUAUUCGGAGACGGAGAUGGAGCAAAAAAUAUCCAAUCUGCAUCACGAUAGAUCGAGGACAAUUAAUAGAUAACUCGAUGCUAAGCGACUGGACGGAUCUUGGAAAAGAAUCCUUCGACGAUGAGAAGAAAAAUGGUCAGGAAGGCGACGAGAGCACUUUGGGCGAAGAAACGAAGAGCGAAGAUGAAGAUUCCAGACUGGAACUUUUUAGAGAUAACGAGGAGGAAGAGUCAAAAGUCGAGGAAGAUGAUGACGACGACGAUAUCUCGCAAUCGAAGUCUCUUAAAAGUAUCUAUGAGGAUUGUCGCGAUGACGAGGAAAUGAUUAAAUACAAACUUUAUGUGUUUGCUCGUGCCGAUCGAGAGAAAGAAGAUUGGUUUCGCAGAUUGACAUCGGCGGCAUCGCUUUCGAAAAAACGGCAAUCGACUUGUUCCAUCAACGAUUCCGUAUCCUGCGCGAAUGCAACGUCCGUGCAAUCAGACGUUGCGGAAACGAAAUCGCUCGAGACGUUACCCGAAAUCACUUACAACACCUAUAUGAACAAGUAUCUGAACGUAAACAAUACGACGGAUACUGAGAGCACUCCGAAAGAAAACGAUGAUGUCCUCUGGGUGAAUUGCCUACUGGGACGAUUAGUGUUCGAUAUGCAUAGCUGUCGAGAAACCAUCAAUCUCAUUCAAGACAAGAUACAACGCAAACUUUCUAAUAUAAAACUUCCAUAUUUCAUGGAGAGCCUCUCGGUGACCGAAAUAGUGAUUGGCCAAGACGCUCCGACAAUUGAUAAAGUCACCAAGCCAAUCUUCGACGAGCGGGGACUUUGGCUUGAUUUGAACAUUACCUACAAAGGCUGUUUGACAAUGACUGUGGAAACGAAGUUAAAUUUAAUGAAACUAACACGUGCGAGUAGUGUUUCGGGUGAGAUUCUUGAAGAAAAAUCCAUUCCCACGCGAUCGCCGAUAUUUGAUAGCGACGUGGAAGACAGUCCGGAAACAUCCACAGAAGACGAGGAUGUCGGAAAUGUUGCGUCAUAUGUUACGUCACCAAAAGAUACCACACUAGUGCAAUCUUCUGGUAAGAAAUUUCUCAACAUGGUGGACAAAUUAACAGCCAACAAAUAUUUCCGACACGCUACAGAAUUGUCCUAUGUACGAAGAGCGAUGGAAGGUGUUUCCAAUACAGAGAUCAAAUUGAUGGUCAAUGUAUCCGGUAUCGAGGGAUGUCUCUCGGUGAACAUUCCUCCGCCGCCAUCUGAUCGGCUUUGGUACGGUUUUAAACCCGUGCCAAAGAUCAAUCUCACUGUACAACCGGCUCUAGGCGAAAGGACUGUCAACAUUGUGUACGUGACCAAGUGGAUCGAAAACAAGCUGCUCAGAGAAUUUGAGAAACUAGUCGUUCUACCAAAUAUGGACGAUCUAGUCCUGCCGUUCUGCCCAAAUUAUCCUUUUGUCACAACGUAAACGAAUGUUAUGCCGGCCAAAGCAGUGCCUCUGCUGUGCUUCUGCAUUUCGUUUUUUAUAUUUUUAAUACUGCGCUACGUAUUAACUGAAAAAAAAAAUAUUGAUUUUUGUUUUAUCUAGUAAGUUGUCAAAAUUCAAAGAUAAAAAGAGUUGUAAAGAAAUGUGUGAGAAGAAAGAUUGUGUCAGAUUUUGUUUAUGAAAACGAUGUAGCUUUGUAGCUGUUUUUACACGAUUUUUUAAUAUAACUAUUGUUAUUCUUUGUCGCGAUAAAUAUUUCAUUAAAUGUAUACAGUAUUUACAAGAAAAGUGAGAAGAAUGAUUGUGAUAUAUAUAAUGUAUUUAAAUUUCAAGUUUGUGUUAACACCUAACUAACCGGUUCCAAAAAAAAAAAAAAAAAAAAAAUGGAAUUGCCAACGGCCGACUUAUUCGGGCUCGGAUACACCGAUUACUUCCGACUCGUUAAUCGCUAAGCCGAUUAAUAGACUUCCGGCUGAUAAGUGCUGUUUAGCAACCGUCCAUUUUUUUAGGUGGCCGAUCAGUUAAGUGUUAAUAAUAUUUAUAAAACUCGAUGUGUGCAAAAGGAGAUAAAAGAAAAAACGUUCGUUACAAAUAUAA